CUGAACACUCCCCAGCCGCAAGAUCCUGGCUCACUGGCACCCGUGACUUCGAGGCGACCUGUCUGGCAUCAUCGUUGAUUUUUUCCCCAUGUUAUUAGCUAUUCGUUCUUCAAAGACUCAUCACGAUGAUCAGCUUGCGACAGCCAGCCUUUUUUUUUUUUUUUUUUCAAAUUCUCCCAUCGUCAGCACUGCCGGCGCGCCGGAUGGUGCUUCGCAUAUAAGGUCUUUGUUAUAUUCGACAGCGGGUAUCUUCCCUUCUACCUUCUUGCGACCGCGUCGACAUGUCUUUCAUGGACAUCUAUCUUUCCGAGGAAGAGAUGCAGGUCUAUCUCGAUGGAACUCUUAAUUCCUAUAUAUGUGGGUUCUUCAUCCACGGUAUCUAUACCGGCCUCUAUGCAAUGUCCGUGCAUUGCUUAGCUACCAACUGCAUCUGCAAGGCUCGGAUUUACAUGGGAUUCCUGAUCACAGCCUUGUACAUCCUUUGCACGAUCCAGAUUGCCGUCUCAUGGAUUGAACUGCGCAUCGCUCUUGUCUAUGGGACAUCUGUCCAGUCCCGAUAUGAUCUCAUAGACACUCCCUUGUCUUCAAAGAUUAUGAGCGCCGUAGCUUCGGCUUUGAAUAUUCUCGUCGCCAGUUGUACGAUAAUCUGGCGGUGCUGGGUUGUAUGGGGUCAAAGCUGGAAAAUAGUGAUUUUACCCAUCCUAUUCAUUGUAUGCGAGAUAUUUUGCAGAAUCAAACUCGUCGUUCAUCAGUAUACGUCGUCGUCGGGUGACGAUGUUGUAACCAAAUGGGCUGUGGCCACCAUUGCCACGACAUUGGGAACAAACAUCUUGUGCACAACUCUGAUUGUCACGCGAAUUGUCCGUGUGACAAGACAACAACGCGGCGUGGGUCUUGGAACGUAUCGCGACGUGAUAGAGAUUCUCGUGGAAUCCGCUGCGCUGUAUUCGAUCAGUUACCUGCUGCUUAUGGUAUGCUACCCUCUCAGUGGCAAUGGGUACAUGUACACCCAGAUGCUGGUUUACCCUAUCACUGGUAUAGCACCUACGCUGAUUAUCGCCCGAGUUGCUUCAGGACAGGCCCGGCCCGAAGAGUCUUGGCAUGGACCUCCAUCUUUGGGCUUUACUGAUGUAUCUCACGCGCGCUCCACAACCACAACCGAGGAUCACACGGUACAACGGGACCGUGGUAGGUCGACUUCUGUCAAAGGCAAGGGCCGGGAGCGAUUAAGCGUGCUGGAACCUGAACAAGUACCGAGUGCCAGAGAGUAGGUACUAGGGGCUUGGCGAUGACCAUGUACCCCGCCCACGGAUUUCAGGACGAGCUGAUCGAUUCAGGUCCUUUCUUUUCUUGUGGUGGAUUUUUAUUCUUGCGAAUCGGAUGUAGUGAACUUCUGGUCUUGAAAUGUACGUUAACGAUGGUCCUCGUAAUACAGCUCAGGUCCUGGAAAAGGACUGGUUCCAGGCUAUGCACCUCUCUUGGUCCCGGGUAUCUGUUAGCAUGCCGACAUCAGCCGUUCCUAAAUUGCGCAGUCGAAAAAUGAAGCAAUGAUAAGAUUGAUCACUGUCGUUAGGGUGGUGCUGCGGAGCCGUCGACGAGUGCCUUUGCGAAUC